CCCGAAGUGUGACAUUGACAACAGCCUGCCUCCAUUUGCCUCGACUGAAACUACUGGUACCAUGGCUGCAAUAGCGCGAUCUCUCAGCACUUGCAUAUUCUGCAAGAUCAUCAAGGGCGAGAUCCCGAGCUUCAAACUCAUUGAAACAGACCUUUCUUACUCAUUCCUUGACAUCGGCCCCCUCUCCAAGGGCCACGCUCUGAUUAUCCCUAAAGAUCACGCAGUAAAGCUCCACGAGCUCCCUGAUGAAUACCUCGCGGAUGCGAUGCCCAUCGCGAAGAAGAUCGCUGCUGCACAAGGGCUCGAGAACUACAACAUCCUCCAGAAUAACGGCCGCAUCGCACACCAGCUCGUUGACCACGUGCACUUCCACGUCAUUCCCAAGCCUGAUGCGACAGACGAGGAGGGGCUUGUUAUCGGAUGGCCCGCGAAGUCCGAUGUUGUGGAUGAGGUGAAGAAGUACCACCAAGAGCUCCUUGCAAAACUGUAGAGCGCGUCGUGAGUUGGUCAUAAUAACGAUGAACUAGAAGGGAAGCUGUUUGAUUAACUUCACAAUUCAAUUAUGUUCUCGAGUCUCCAU